AUGGCCCAGGCCGAGCCGCCUCUGGGCCGAGAACGAUGCCCCAUGGCGCCUGCGCACACAACACUCGAGGACUGGUCUGGAUGGUCGGGAAACAGAUUUGCCAAGUUCCCUUCGUCGUUCCAGUCACUGUGCUUCUCGACGGGCCCGUCUUGCCAUCUUCCCAGCUACGCCUACCAUUCCUGCGACCAUUCCUACCAAGCCCACUUCUGA